AUGAAGGAAGAAGAGUUCAACGAGCUCAAGCAGAACCUAGACAACUACACCCCGCUCCUGCCGGAGUCGGUAACAGAUUACUUCAUGGAGAAGGCAGGCGUCGCCACUUCUGAUCAGAGUGUCAAGAAACUUGUUUCUUUGCUGGCCCAUAAGUUUGUGACAGACAUUGCGGUGUCUUCUUUUCAAUACCACAGAAUAAACCAGAAGGCUGCACAGAAAGACAAGAGAUUUGCAAAGGAGAAGAAACCUACCUUUCAGCUCAUAGAUCUUGAAAAAGCACUUGAGGAAGUAGGAGUAAGCAUAUCAAGGCCUCACUACUACAUGUAG